GAGCCCCAGGCAAACGGGGCCACAAGCUCGUGUUUCGGGCCAGGACGACGUCCAACCCGCCAAGCGACGCUGGGUCCCACCAUCUUCUCACAGAGUCCAGGAUGGUCAAUCUCAAGAAUCCAGAAACGAUCAGGUGUUUCGAAAAGUCCGUGGUAUACUCAAUAAACUCACACCUGAGAAGUUCCAAAAACUGAGCGAUGACUUGCUACGUGUUGAGCUACAGUCAAGUGUAAUUCUCAAAGGUGUGAUCUAUCUCAUAUUUGAGAAGGCCCUGGAUGAACCAAAGUAUUCGUCUAUGUAUGCUCAGUUAUGUAAACGAUUAGAUCAAGAAGCUCCCAAUUAUGAACAACCGGGCAAACCUAGUACAUUUCGUCUUCUACUAUUAAAUAAGUGCAGACUAGAGUUUGAGAACCGCAAUGCUGCAUUUGAGAAAUAUGUCGGAGGUUCUGAUGAAGAUGACGAUCGGCGGUCCAUGGCCAAAGGCAAAAUGCUGGGUAACAUCAAGUUUAUGGGAGAGUUAGGUAAAUUGAAUAUUCUGCAAGAAAGUAUCCUUCACCGAUGUAUUCAACAAUUAUUAACACGUCGAAGCGAAGAUCCGUUCGAAGAUUUAGAAUGUUUGAGUCAGAUAAUGAGGACCUGUGGAAGAAUCCUCGAUACAAGCAAAGGUAGAGGACUCAUGGAUCAAUAUUUUGAGAGAAUGCAAGUACUGGUUGAUAAUGCAGACCUACAACCACGUAUCAGGUUCAUGCUGAAAGAUGUUAUCGACUUGAGAUCUGAUGGUUGGGUACCUCGAAUUGCGAAUGUAGUAGAGGGACCAAUGCCUAUUAAUGAAAUCAGACCAUCGGAGGAUGAUCGUAUGUCAUUCAGAAGGAAUGAUAAGAACAACGACAGGGAUACACACGGUCCCCAAGUAGAUUUAUUCAGACCUCUUAAAACUAGGGGUGGACUAGACGAUAUGUUAAGAGGUUUCUCUCUGGCACCAGCACCAACAACAAAACUGGUACCUGCGGGACCAUUCGGUCCUAAUGGUUUUGGACAGAGACACAGCAAUGGAAAUCAGAGACAGUUUGGAUAUGGCACAGGAAAUCAGAAAGGUCAAUACAAGCAUAAUCAGGGUAACAACAGGGAUUCCUCGAAAAAUGACCUAGCACCAAGGUUCAAGAAAGAAUUGAUUGUACAACCGGAUGACAUCAAUGGGCUCCAACUGAGGCCCAAUACAAACUUAUUCAACAAAGCAAUAGUCAAGACGAACAAUUUUGUCAACAUGAGGACAACAACACUGGGUCCUUCCGAAAGUGCUCGCAACCCAGCUCCAAUCAAACCUACGCCACUCGUUAAAGAACCGCUACCCAUCAAACAAGCAUCUCAAGAAAGAACUAAGCAGUCUAAGAAAGAUAAGGGUCCUAACAAGGAAGAGGUACUUCAGAAGUUCGGAACGAUUUUAGAGGAAUAUUGGAAGGGAGACCUGGAUCUCAAGCAAAUUCUCAACACAUAUAAGGAGCAGAAAGUGCCUGAAAAGUACGGAAAAGACAUCAUAUUAGUUGCUUUCUCUCAAGCACUUGAUAAAACAGAUGUGGAACAAGAAAAAGUAAUCAAACUCAUUGGGUCCAUAAGAGAAGCUGGAUACCUAAAUGGAAAUGUCGCAUCUGAAGCCUUGAAAGCCUUCUGUCACACGCUAGAAGAGAAGGAAAGUAGUAACUUGAAUGCAGCUGCUGUUCUCUUAGGUUCGGCUGUGGUUGAACAAUUAAUCUCAUUGGCAGAAAUCGCUACCAUCACAGAGGGCGGCAAUUUGUACCCCUUAUUCUUGUUGAUACUGCAGCACAUUCAUCGCAGAAGGGGCAGAACAGAAAUAACUGAUCUUUUUGGAAGGAGCAAAGCUAAUUUACUUGGCCAGUUACCUGAAAAUGAGAGAUCAAAAGAAAGGCUAUCUGAAGUGCUCGAAGAGAAAGACUUAGCUUUCCUUUAUCCUCUACUUCGGAUCCAAGCUGAGCUGAGCCGACAGCUACAAUCUGAACCAAAUCCACAAGCCUUCUACCGGUGGAUCAGAGACCAUCUAGAUCCAGCUAGUCUGGCGGAACCCGGUUUUGUCAGUGCCCUUGUGACUGCACUGUUGAAACACAUCACAUUGGAAGCUUCCGAAUCGGAAACUGAUGAGAAAAUCAUUGGUGAUAAGGAAAAGGCUCUCCUUGUCAAAUAUACACCUGUUCUGCAAGCCUUUUUGAGGGAUAAACCAACCUUGCAGUUGGCAGCACUUUAUUCCCUACAAACACAUUUCUGUGCUCUAUCUUUUCCUAGGGGGCAGUUGUUGAGAUGGUUCGUGAUGAUGUAUGAUCUGGAGAUUGUUGACGAGGAGGCGUAUUUCAACUGGAAGGAAGAUGUAACGGACGCUUAUCCGGGAAAGGGGCAGGCACUCUUUCAAGUUAACAACUGGAUUACGUGGUUGCAGGAAGCUGAGUCCGAAGAAGAGGAGGGAGAUGAUUAGGAACAAAAAAAAAUCGAACCUUAGGGAAAUGCUGUAUUUUAAGUUAUUUAAAUGCCAAGGACACUGAAGGUCCUGUUUUUCAUUGUUUUGGUGUUGUCUGGAAAUUCUUAGUUCAAGUUGCCGUUAUGUGUGAAUGAUUUUAUAUAUAUAUACACAUAUAUAUACUUAUACAUACAUAUAUAUGAAGUCUAUAAAUAGUAAAGUGAUUGUAAAUCAAUAAGUUCAUAACUAAAUGAUAUAUUUCUUACAGGUGUGCUAAAAUAAUACGACCAAUGGUUCUUUUUAAACCGCAACUAAUUGUUUAUUUUCUGAAGGAUACAUAUAUGAUUUUUUUCCUUCCGGAAUGUUGGCAAUACUCAGGUUGAUUUCCCAGUUGCAUAUUCUCGUAAAAGAUCAUGGAUUUAUAUAUUAUGAUUUUAUGUUUCUACAAUAAUUCGCGCUUAAGACAAAUGUGGAAAAAUUAUCUUGCAAUGCUCGGAUGUGGAUAUCUUAAAUUAUUUAUUCUUUCUAUAAGAACAUUUUUGACAAUUGGUCAUUAUUUACAGUAGUUGAUUUUGAAUUUUAUUAAGUAUGAAGUCCUUGUUUCUUCAAUUAUUAUGUUACAUCUCAAUAAUUGGUUUAUGUUUAUGAAAACUUCAGUAUCUUUUAAUGUAUGUAUAGCACUUUAUCCUUAAGUAUUAGUAGUGAAAAAUCAUUGUUCCUGCUCAUCAGUAACCUCUAUUUAUAUUUUAUUCUGAUUCUAUCCAAUCCUUAAUAGAUACUCAUCUUCAUAAAAUGUGUUCCAACUUAGGGUAUGUUUAUUGGACAUAUGAUUCAUCAAGUAUUUGUCAAAAAAUGAUACAAUAUUGGAUAUUCCUAUACACUUUAGACUAGUAUAAAUGUUUGUCAGAAGUGAAAUGACGAUCUUCAUUGAAAAUAUAUUUGUGUCUGUAAAUCAAAUUGAUGGUAUUAGCUAUUAAAUUCAUUUAAUCUGAAGGAAUUCAUCUCAUCAAGCUAAGGUCUCGUCUGUAGCACAACAUACAUUUCAAUUUUUUUAUUAUUCAUAUAAACAGUUUUUGUGAUAGUACCAUCGAAUAAAUUUGAAAAAAUCAA